UUAAUUAAAGAUUCUUUCCUUUUCUCUCCAAUUUUCCCUCAACCCACAAACAUUAUAUAUCAGUAAAUCUCUACACACUGUGGUGGGAUUUGUUAGAGGGUCUCUUUUGGGAAGCACAGAGUUGGUAGAUCCCCCUCCCCUUUGCCUCUUUCCCUUUGUACCAUUUCCCCACAAUUCAAAGCCACUCACUGCUUCUUUCCAUCAUAGGCCACAUACAUUUUCCAUUACUUUAAUCACCACCACCAUUAACCAUAAUAAUCAUAAUCAUAAUCAUAAUCAACUAGAGAUUUGUGAUUCUCUUCAAAUUUCUGGGAAUGGAAGGGGAUGAGGGAACCACAAGUAGAUGCCCCUCUCCCAGUUUUGCUGCUCUCCCCUUCUCCUUCUUCUUCUGCAUCAGCAUCAUCAACUUCUUCUUAGUUUCGGCGGCGGAGGCCGCGGCGGACUAUGGCGACGCCUUGUCGAAGAGCCUGCUGUACUUCGAGGCGCAGCGGUCAGGCCACCUCCCGUACAAUCAGCGCGUCGCCUGGCGCGGCCACUCCGGCCUCACCGACGGCCUCGAGCAAGGAGCGGACUUGGUCGGCGGGUACUACGACGCCGGAGACCACGUCAAGUUCGGCCUGCCGAUGGCCUUCACCGUGACGAUGCUGUCGUGGAGCGUCUUGGAGUACCAGGAGCAGGUCACCGCCGCCGGCGAGUUCGGGCACGCGCUUGAGGCCAUCAAGUGGGGCACCGACUACUUCAUCAAGGCCCACACGGCGCCCAACGUUUUCUGGGUCCAGGUAGGCGACGGCGGGACGGACCACUACUGCUGGCAGAGGCCGGAGGACAUGACGACGUCGCGGCAGGCGUACAAGAUCGACGCGGAGCACCCCGGGUCGGAGGUCGCGGCCGAGACCGCCGCCGCGAUGGCGGCCGCGUCCCUCGUGUUCAGAUCCUCCGACCCGUAUUACUCUCUCCUGCUGCUGCAGCACGCCGAACAGCUGUUCGAGUUCGGGGACAAGUACAGAGGGAAGUACGACGGCAGCGUGCGCGUGGUGAAGAGCUACUACCCGUCGGUGAGCGGGUACUACGACGAGCUGCUGUGGGCGGCGCUGUGGCUGCACCGGGCGACGGGGGACGUCAAGUACUUGGACUACGCCGUCGACAACGCCGAGGCGUUCGGCGGCACCACCUGGGCCGUGUCGGAGUUCAGUUGGGACAUCAAGUAUGCCGGCGUUCAGGUCCUGGCCUCCAAGCUACUGCUGGAGAGAAGAGAUGCACUGGAAGAGAGGCACAGGAAGAUACUAGAGGUGUAUAAUUCGAAAGCCGAGCACUACGUGUGCUCCUGCCUGAACAAGAGCGACGGCGGCGCGAACGUCCGCCGCACGCCCGGCGGCCUCCUCUUCGUCCGCCAGUGGAACAACCUGCAGUACGUCGCCGGCGCCACCUUCCUGCUCACCGCCUUCUCCGACUACCUCUCGGGCGGCGGUGGCGGCGGCGGUGGCGGGGGUGGCGUGCUCCGGUGUCCGCAGGGGGGGGCCGUCGAGCCCGGAGAGGUACUCGCCUUCGCCAAGUCGCAGGCGGACUACAUCCUCGGCGCCAACCCGAUGGGGGUGAGCUACUUGGUCGGCUUCGGCGACAAGUACCCGGGGCGCGUGCACCACCGGGCGGCGUCCACCGUGGCGUACAAGGAGGAUAAGGCGUUCAUCGGGUGCGCGCAGGGGUUCGACGUGUGGUUCGGCCGCCAGAAGGACAACCCUAACAUGCUCGUCGGGGCCAUCGUCGGCGGGCCCGACGCCAAGGACGAGUUCAGGGACCGCAGAAGCAACUACAUGCAGACCGAGGCCUGUACAUACAACACCGCGCCCGUCGUAGGGGUUUUCGCGAAGUUCCGUCAACUGCAGCAGAAACAGCAGAAACAACAGCAGCAGAAACAGCAGAAACAACAGCACCUGCUGCAGGGAUUGCAACCUCAGACAUCCUCAUACAAGUAGAGAUUUAGUGAUUUAUGUUUUUUUUUUUUUCAUUUUUUUUUCCUUUUAUUUUUGGUUCAUUGGUGGGGUUGGAGCAGGGUGUAGAGGUUUGUUUUGUGUUUUGAUAAAUGUAGAGAACAUAUAUAGGCAAAGAAAAUAGAAAGAAAUUAAAGAAAGAAAGAAAGAAUGAAAGAGAAGUU